UAUCCUCUCCACAUUGCAGCUGAGCUGAGAACAGUUUGAGCGAUGCAUCCUCAAGGUUACGCGACUGACGCCGUGCAGUUGCAGGGCAUGGGUUAUGGCGGACUCCCUGGUCAGCCUGGGGUGGUCCAGCACACUGCUGUGAACAUCACAAGAGGGCAACCAGUCAUCACAGAGCCCCCCAAAGACCAUAUCAUCUGGUCGCUGCUCUGCUUUCUCUACUCAAAUCCUUUUUGCCUUGGACUUGCAGCUCUCAUUUAUUCCAUCAAGGCCAGAGACAGGAAGGUGGCUGGAGAUGUGGACGGUGCACGGCAUUAUGGCUCCACUGCUCGCAGUCUCAACAUUGCAGCCACAAUCAUAGCUGCCAUUGGGUUCCUCAUUUUCAUUAUUACAAUCAGUGUAAUUACGGCUCAAGCAGCUUCCCAUUACAGUUACAACUAUCGAUAUUAAUCACAUUUAAGCAUUUCCUCCUGUUGUGAUUAGGUCCCAUUUGUGUUUUUCUGCUUAAAAUAAAUUUUGCAACCUUCUACAACUUUUAAUAGCAUGAUCUGAGGGGAAAAAAGCCAUUUUACAAAAGUCUUAAAUGGAAGUCUUCCCUAUUUCUUUACUGAAAAGUUGUAUUUUGAGACUUUGUUACUUGAUGCAGAAAUCCUGUCAGCAAAUAAUUAAGAAUUAAAAAGCCUCACAUUUCAA